AUGGACUAUCCCAAGACCUUCGCCAGCGGCGCCGUACUCGUCUACUAUCUCAUGUCAUCCCUGAUAGCAUCUGUGAGGUUGCCAGCGACUCCAGCCAAAGCCAGUCCAAACCAGCAAAGGUUCCAGUUGGCAACAACAUCGAUUGUCCUCGUCAUCUCCAUAGCCCUGUCUUCGGUGGAAGGCGUCAAUGUCGGCACUAUUGGUAGACAUGGCGACGACGGCCUGUUGUCCGAUCUUCUCUUCUCGCUGCAGUGGCUAGUACUCCUGCUUGCUCACAUCGAUCAUCCGGGAUCUGUUCGAUACCCUCACUAUGGCGCUUGGGCCAUCUCUGCCCUGUCGCGGACAUCGGCUCUCCUGAACCGGAUGCCAGCGCGCGAACUUCUGUCAAGACCAAUCGGCCGUGGGAUUGCUGUCCUUCUACUAUGUCAAAUCGCCGCCGCUGUCUGUCUUCUUGUCGUUGUUCCCAUACUUCAAUCCUGUGCGCAGCGCUCUUCACAGGCCAACGAUGAAAGCGAAACCCAGCCUUUGCUCGGCAGUGAGGCCGCAAGCGAUGGCACAAAAUCGGAUCAGGAGGAGCGAAAUCCUCGCGAGACGCCUGAACAGAAGAAGGCUCGUGAAGAGAUACAUAAGCGACAAGUUCGGGAGUACUUACGAUCCUUCCUGGUAUAUGUACCGUUGUUGUGGCCGCAUACAUUCAUGCAAAAGAUGUACCUUGGCGGUAUGUUCUGCUGCAUGCUUAGCUUGAGAUUCGUCAACGUUCUCUUACCUCUUGCACUGGGACUCAUCAUCGACACCUUAGCCCGUGGCGGCUCCCCUUGGCUGCCCAUCGCUGGGUACUUCACGCUUUACUUUGUUCAGUCAAGGACUGGAAUUGGUCUUCUAGAAGACUUCCUCCGGUUGAUGUUCACGAAUCAGCAGAAGCUCACUCUGAGUCGGGCGGCAUAUAAUCACAUCAUGGAUCUGUCCGCCGACUUUCAGGAUGCAAAGACAUCCUCGGAAAUCUGGCAGUCAAUGUCACAAGCGCAAUCUGUGAUUGACCUGUUCCACGGUGCAACUUUCGAAGUCGUGCCGAUGCUCAUCGACCUUGUGGCCGGAUCCGUCCUCCUCUGGGCGAUUUUUGGCCCCUACAUGGGCUUCCUCGUAUUGACGCUCAUGGUGAUGAUGAUCUGGGUUUCAGUAAGGGCGGUCAAGUCCAGGGUUGGCUUAUCUCGUAAGUGGCGGGAUACUUGGUAUGACCAGUAUCAUCAGAUGGUAGAUUCGACCGAGAACUGGUAUACCGUUGCUCAAUUCGGUCAGAUACCGCGCGAAAAGACUGCGUACCAAAACAAGCAGAUUGCGGCUCUGGAAGGCCGGAACAAAUUGUAUUUCUGGUUGUAUCGGAAUGGCGUGUCCCGCUUCUCGAUUAUGACACUCGCCUAUCUGCUCGCCGCUGCGUUGGCGGCACUCGAGAUCCACAAUGGCGAGUUGAAAGUGGGUGCGUUUGCCACUUUGACAGGAUAUUGGGCGCAAGUAGCCAGUCCGGUCAUGUACAUCGUGCACGAGAUUACCGACGUGGCCGACAAAUUGGUGGAUGCUGAGAAACUCCUCGUCCUACUCGAGAAGAAACCGACAAUCAAGGACGAGCCCGACGCGAAAGCGUACGAUUACCGUGGUGGAAGCGUCAGAUUUGAAGACGUCUUCUUUACUUAUGACGGUAACAAGCAAGCUGCUAAAGGCGUUAGCUUCCAUGCUGCGCCAGGAAAGAUGACUGCACUCGUGGGCGAGACGGGUGGCGGCAAGUCAACCAUGUUAAAACUGCUUAUGCGGUUCUACGAUCCUGAGAAGGGUCAAGUCUUCCUGGAUGACCAGGAUAUCCGGUCACUCCAGCUUGCGUCUUUUCGUCACCACAUUGGAGUCGUGCCUCAAGAGCCUAGCAUGUUCCAUACUACGAUCUUGGACAAUGUUCGAUAUCCCGACCCUUCCCUUUCCGAAGAGGAGGUACAGGAAGCUUGCAAAGCAGUCUCUCUGCAUGACAAGAUUAUGACAUUCGCCAAAGGCUACCAGACUAAAGUAGGUGAGCGUGGCUGCCAGCUUUCAGGUGGCGAGAAACAACGUCUGGCCAUUGCUCGUGCAAUUUUGAAGAAGCCAAGCAUCCUCUUACUUGAUGAGGCCACCAGCAGCGUCGACAGCGUGACUGAGGGUCUGAUCCAGGCCAGUCUUGAUCAAGUGUGCAAAGAUCGCACGACUUUUGUCAUUGCUCAUCGACUUUCAACAAUACUAAAAGCGGACAAGAUUCUGGUCAUUGAAGGUGGCAAGCUCGUGGAAAGCGGAACGCACAACGAGCUCAUCAAAAAGCGAGGUGGUGUCUACCAGAAACUCUGGAAGAGUCAGCUUAAGCUGCAGGGUGAGAAGAGCCGCUCGCGGUCGAGAUCCAGAGGGUGCGAAGAAGAACAGCCACUGGCCCUGGUAGAUGAUAUGGAUGGUGAUGGGGACGUGGCCAGUCUGAUCGAUGGAUCUGACACUCCAGCAGAAGAGUCAGCUGCGCAAACACCUGUGGAGGGGAGUGAGUCACCACGUGGAGGUGCACAAGGCCCAGUGCGUGGACUUGCUGCGGGUGUGGGAAAGCAGGCCUCUGAAGCAAUACGUUCGCGAUUCGCUACAUCUCAAUCACCAGUGCGCGAAGACGGUCAGGCCCUAAAUGGCCAAUCAACGGUAGUUGCGGAGCACAACGAAGCUCCUUCGACCCAGAACGUAAAGUCGAAUACAUCUGAACCACAAACCGCGGGUCGAGAUCAGCAACAAAAUGGCACCGCUGAUGGCUAG